CGCGUGACCCUCACUUCAUUUCUAAAGAGCGUAGGCGUGGUUCAACGAAACCCUCAUGCCUCACUCAACCAAAUUUUCCUAUAUUUUGUUUUUGUCACUCUUCCGAUCCCCAUUACAGUACCAGUGGCGGGUCCCUGGAAAACAAUCGCUGUAAAUUUUUUUUCUCUUCUUCCUUUUUCUUUUUUAAAAGUAUCAGCAAAAUUCCCAAUCUAAAAAAAUGGAGUCUCCUCAACCCCAACAACAGCAACAACAAGGUCCUAAGAAGAGAGGUCGAAAACCAAAGCCAAAGGAAGAGAAAGAACAGCAGCAACAACAAAGUGCUAGUAAAAUGAAAGAAGGAAAGAAAGCUCACCAACCUAGCGUUGAUGAGAAGUACACUCAGUGGAAGUCUUUGGUUCCUGUUCUUUAUGACUGGCUUGCUAAUCACAAUCUCGUUUGGCCUUCUCUUUCUUGCCGCUGGGGACCACAGCUUGAGCAAGCUACUUACAAGAAUCGGCAGCGUCUCUACCUCUCUGAACAGACUGAUGGUAGUGUUCCGAAUACUCUUGUGAUUGCUAAUUGUGAAGUUGUCAAACCUAGGGUUGCUGCUGCUGAGCACAUAUCUCAGUUUAAUGAAGAAGCACGCUCACCAUUUGUGAAGAAGUACAAAACCAUCAUACAUCCUGGAGAAGUCAACAGAAUCAGGGAACUUCCACAGAGCUCUAGGAUUGUGGCAACUCACACUGAUAGUCCUGAUGUUCUUAUUUGGGAUGUCGAGGCUCAACCCAACCGCCAUGCAGUUCUUGGAGCAACCCAUUCUCGCCCAGAUUUGAUUUUGACCGGGCAUCAAGAUAAUGCUGAAUUUGCUCUUGCAAUGUGUCCAACUGAGCCUUAUGUGCUCUCUGGAGGGAAGGACAAAUCAGUGGUUUUGUGGAGCAUCCAGGACCACAUAACAACAAUGGCUACAGACCCUACUAAAUCUCCUGGAUCUGGCGGAUCAAUCAUCAAACAAAACAAGCCUGGGGAAGGUAAUGACAAAGCUGCUGAUGGGCCUUCUUUAGGUCCUCGUGGUGUCUUCUGUGGGCAUGAGGAUACAGUUGAAGAUGUUACAUUCUGUCCAUCAAGUGCACAAGAGUUCUGUAGUGUAGGUGAUGAUUCCUGCCUCAUACUAUGGGAUGCACGAGUUGGCACUGGCCCCACUGUCAAGGUUGAAAAGGCACAUAAUGCUGAUCUCCAUUGUGUUGAUUGGAACCCCCAUGAUGACAAUCUUAUCCUGACUGGGUCUGCAGAUCAUACUGUACGUAUGUUUGAUCGAAGAAAUCUUACUUCUAAUGGAAUUGGAUCACCCAUUUACAAGUUUGAGGGUCAUAAAGCUGCUGUUCUAUGCGUGCAGUGGUCUCCAGACAAAUCAUCUGUAUUUGGCAGUUCUGCUGAGGAUGGGCUCUUGAACAUUUGGGACUAUGACAAGGUUGGCAAGAAGGUGGAACGUGCUUCAAGAUCUCCUAGUGCUCCUGCAGGACUGUUUUUCCAGCACGCUGGACACAGGGACAAAGUUGUUGACUUCCAUUGGAAUGCAUCUGAUCCAUGGACUGUUGUUAGUGUGUCUGAUGACUGUGAUACAACUGGUGGAGGAGGGACAUUGCAGAUAUGGCGCAUGAGUGAUCUGAUCUAUAGGCCAGAAGAGGAGGUUUUAGCUGAGCUGGAGAAAUUCAAGUCCCAUGUCAUUUCGUGCGCGACAAAGGCAUGAGAGAGAUUGAGUAGCCCUAAUGUUAUGCCUUUUGAGGCUCCUUUGUAGCGAUUGUAGUUUUAGAGACCCUUUGCUUGGUCUAAUCAACGAACACUGUUAAACAACCUUACUAUUAAAUUCAAGGAUUGAUCCAGCGUUUGGGAAUGGAAAAAAAAACAUGGAUUUUAUAGAUAA